AAGUUUUUGACGGAACAGAACGCGACAUGACGAUCAGCGAAAAGCUCCGUUCUUUGUAGUUAACUCCCGACUUCGCUCUCCGCCGUUAAUGUCCAGCUCGUCUUCCUCUUCGUCUUCGUCUUCGUUCCGGUAGGAGAGAGAGAGAGAGAGAGAGAGAGAGAGAUAUCGCGAGUCUCCGCUCUCGAAUCGAGAGCUCUUUCGAUUCGGCCAUGGCGGAGGGGCCCGAGAGCAGCGACGCCGUCCCUCUGUUCGAGAAGGCUUAUCACGCCAGCUGUCCCGGGUGCGAGGUCGACCGCCUCAAGCGGGAGCGGAGAGGGAUCCCUUACAGGGACCUCUCUUUCAUUUGGAUCGUCUCCCUAUGCACCGCUCUGCCGAUCUCGUCACUUUUUCCAUUUCUGUACUUCAUGAUCAGAGACUUCCAUAUUGCGAAGAGAGAGGAAGACAUUGGUUUCUAUGCUGGAUUUGUAGGGUCUUCAUUCAUGGUGGGAAGAGCUCUGACAUCUGUUUUCUGGGGAGUACUAGCAGAUAGAUAUGGUCGAAAACCAGUUAUUCUCAUCGGCACAUUCUCAGUGGUUGUCCUCAAUACUCUCUUUGGCCUGAGCACCAGCUUCUGGAUGGCCCUUUGUACACGUUUUCUUCUGGGAUGCUUCAACAGUCUACUCGGUACUAUAAGGGCUUAUGCCUCAGAGGUUUCUACAGAAGAACACCAUGCUCUCACUCUAUCAGUUGUCAGUACAUCAAGAGGCAUGGGGCUCAUCAUAGGCCCUGCUAUUGGAGGUUUCUUUGCACAGCCUGCAGAAAAAUAUCCGGGUUUGUUCUCUCAGAGCUCUAUCUUUGGAAGAUAUCCCUACUUCUUGCCGUGCCUCCUAAUAUCGAUUUAUGCGGCAGGAGUAUUCAUUUCUUGCUGGUGGCUACCUGAAACACUGCACGUGCAUGAAAGCACAGAUGGUAGGGGCUCGUGUGAUGAGGUGGAAAUUUCGUGUGAUUCAUCUGAUACUACAAAACAUGAUACAGAAGUUGAGGAACAGAAAACUUACGAAGAAAAUCUCCUCAAGAAUUGGCCACUGAUGUCCACUAUCAUUGUUUAUUGUGUUUUCUCGCUUCAAGAAAUUGCUUACUCAGAGAUAUUCUCACUGUGGGCUGUCAGUGAAAGAAAGUAUGGAGGGCUGAACUUUUCAUCUCAAGAUGUUGGUGAAGUUCUAGCUAUUUCAGGGUUUGGUCUUUUACUGUUUCAACUUCUUCUAUAUCCCUGGGUCGAGAGAAUUCUUGGGCCAGUAAUGAUCACUCAACUAUCAGCUGGCAUAUCUAUCCCAUUGCUGUCAAGUUACCCUUUUAUAGCCAUGCUUUCUGGAUUAACGCUUCACAUAGCAAUAAAUUUCGCAUCCAUAUUAAGGAAUGCUCUUUCUGUAUCUGGUGUCACUGGAAUAUUCAUAUUGCUCAACAAUGCUGUUGACAUUAUCUUUUCACCUUCUACUGCUUUGCAGCCCCAGCACCAAAGAGGAGCUGCUAAUGGUAUUUCCAUGACUGCAAUGUCUAUCUCAAAGGCAUUUGGCCCUGCAUGCGGAGGUGCCCUGUUUUCUUGGGCCCAGAGGCGGCAAGUAGCGACCUUCCUCCCUGGUGCAAAAUUUUCCAUGAUUUCAAGGAUCUCUGUUCUCUGGUUUCCUGCCCUGACUUUGAUUGAGCAGAAUGCCAGAACAUGUGCUGCUUCUUGUUUCAGAUUAAUCAGUUAAUUGCAAUAUAAUCCUAUUUGUUCCGUCUCAUUUCCACCCUACCACCGUCAACUUUGCUAAUAUAAAUAUUUAUUAUAUCGCAACGGCAUUUGCGAAUGGUGACACACACUGAUGUAAAGUUACUGAUCAGCUCUUUGAGCUUUAAGAUGGUUGUGACUGUACCACGAGUUAUAUCCGCAUCUCUUCCACGGUGCUUCUGCAUUCCAUAUGGCCGAAUUGCUUCCUGCAGCC